UGUGUGUCAGGCGGAUGCCGUAAUGUGGGCACUCAUUGUUGCGGCAGUUGCAGGACAACUUACUACUGCAGCAAGGCUUGCCAGAAGGCGCACUGGAAGAGGCACAAGCUCACCUGUAACGGAUCGGAUGCUUUUCCACCAUUGAGAUCUGGGAUCUUUGACCUCAUGAGAUUACCUCGCGAAAUCUACGAAAUGGUUGUCGUUGGCAAAGUUUUUCCCCCUGAGCAGGCUGAGUACGACGAGCUCUCUGCUCUCGACAGUCAACCCGACAUCCGCAACAGACGCAGAGACUACCUGGAUGCGCUCGAACGCCACCGUAUGAACACCUUCCUCAUUCGUGUCCAGGAAGGCCACCUUUUCGACACGCCCAAUCGUCUUGGCUCUCUGAGCGAAUACGUUGCNCCCUUCGCUCAGAGAGCCAAGAAGCUGCACAUUGAUAUCGUCACCACAAAGCACCACCCUGGCGAGACAGGCUUUCAAGCUUGCGUCAACACUAUUAAGCGCCAGCUGCACGACAUUGUCGCUUCCCUAAACUACUUUGACGGUAGUCUCAACUCCUUGACUGUCCGCUAUACGUCAUGCUUUCUGGGCGAGGUUGAAGACCUUCGUAUUGAUGCUGAUGGUUUGGCUACCCACAUGGAGGCUCGCGUCAUCUGGGUCAUGGAUCCCCGUACCAACAAGAUGCGUUCCCUCAACCACACCGAGAUGAAGCAGCUCUACCUUCACAGCGCCAACAUUGCCGAUGCCUUCUGUGCUCUGAAGACCCCUGUCUCUAACUUCCGCAUCUUUGAAGACUUCUCUGGCCCCGACCUCUCCCGCAUCUCCCACAAGUUCAACGUGUCUGUGCCUCCAAUCGAUGUUAAGCUCGACCAGUGUGGC